UUUAAGAAUAUCCAUGUCAACGAAUUGAGACCUCAGUGAAUAGAGCCACACCGCUACAAAGCAAUUGUUAGUGUAACUGACGUGUCACUCAUUAUCGGUCAGGUAGCCUGCCUGACAUUAUAUGUUUUUGUGGACACACAUUUAGUUACUACCUAUAUUUGGCAUCAUUAAAUCACAAUAGCCAUGAGUACGAUACCUGAGCAAGCAACCCGCUUUGACAGCGCCCAGAACGAUUCUGCUUCACAGGAUCAGGGCCAGGGGCAAUCAAACAGCUCAUCACAACAGCAACAGGACCAGCAGCAUCAACAGCAACCACAGAAUGCACCAGCGAAGCUUCUUCAGCAUUUCCAAACUAAUCGCAUCGAUUCGGCACUGUGGGCACUUCGCCUGCUCGUCAUCUUCUUUACCAUUAGCUAUGUGUUGCCCAUAUUUAUCUCACAACAGAGCUCGUUUAGCAAGGUGCUGCUGGCCAAUGCGGCCAUCUCUGCACUGCGUUUGCAUCAGCGAGUACCGGCUUUUUCCUUUAGUCGCGAGUUUUUGGCACGUUUGUUUGCUGAGGAUUCAUGCCAUUACAUGAUGUACUCGUUGAUCUUCUUCAGCGUUCGGCCCACGCUUCUAGUGCUGAUCCCCGUCAUGCUUUACUCAGUGCUACAUGCCUCCAGCUAUUCGCUCAAAUUGUUGGAUUUGAUUGGUCAAAACUCUUGGUGGGGUGCACGCUUCAUCAUUUCGAUUGUGGAAUUCCAGGCGGCUAACAUCCUAAAGGCCACCGCAUUCUGCGAAAUCUUCAUUAUGCCUUAUGCCAUUGUAUUGACCUUUAUGAGCCAUGCUGGUCUUAUGACACCAAUAAUCUACUACCACUAUUUGGUCAUGCGCUACAGUUCACGUCGCAAUCCGUACCCACGCACUGCUUUUGCAGAGCUGCGCAUCACCUUUGAGGCGCUGGCUUCUCGCUCGCCGCCCGCUGUAGGUAAAAUCAUUCGGGUUGGCAUUGGCUUCGUGAACCGUCUGGCACCGCAACCCCAACCGGCGCCAUCGCAGUAAAUUAAUGCCACCGCGAACUGCAUUACCACUUAUAUUCAAGUGGCGAAAAAUAAAAAUUUUUAAGAUAAAUAAGCCGGUUUAAAAAAUAUAAAAAAAUAUUAAUAUUAUACUCAAAUUAGAAUGAGUUUUGGGGUCCAUACAGUUUGGUGUUUUUUGGGAGAUUGUGUCGUCUUGAAAGCUGGAUUAUAAUGCACUGCUCUGUAAAUUUUCGUUAUACAACUGUGGUAUAUCAAGCAUUGAUUAAUAGAUUACUAUUUAAUACACAUAUUUAUACAGACAGCUUAAUAUAAAGGUCAUUGUGAAAAGUGAAAACAAUGCGUUUUACCCACAUUUAUCAAUAUCAUAUAUAAAUUAUCGUUUAUAUCGUUCAAACAAUAAAGGUUUAUUUGAUAAAUUUAUUUGAAUUCUA